AGCAAGAGAAGGAAACGGACCCGCCAUUUUCCUGCAAGCCUCCGGUCCAUUUAAACCCAGCAGGGGGAGGCGAAAAAGAGGAGAGAGACACAGAGGGUGAGAGAGAGAGAGAGAGAGGUGGGGGGGAAGAGAGAGUGAGUGCGAGAGAGAGAGUGUGUGUGUGUGGUAAUAGGUUGAGGGAGUAAGAGAAACGAGGACCCUUAAGAAAAAAAGAAGCACUGUUUUUUUUUAUCUGCCUGCAGCCCGACGUCCAGUGAUCUUUGGCAUUUAUACUGGGGCUUCUUGGACCAAACAGUGGAUAUAACAAUAUUGUUUUUCCUACUGGUUUUUCUCCCGAGUACGGACGGUUUUUGUCUCUUUUUUUUUUUCUUUUCCUUUCUGUGUCAGGUGGUGGAACCGUGGAAGCCCCCGGAGGAUAUCCGAACAUACCGAUUCUCUUUAAAAUAUCGGGAAGAUCUAUCCUGUUUUUCAUUCCUUGUACAGAGAAGCGAAGAUGUCUGGGCAGAGCAUAACGGAUAGGAUAACUGCAGCUCAACACAGUGUUACCGGGUCUGCAGUCUCGAAAACUGUGUGCAAGGCGACCACGCACGAAAUCAUGGGACCGAAAAAGAAACAUUUAGAUUACCUGAUCCAGUGUACAAAUGAGAUGAACGUCAACAUCCCACAAUUGGCAGACACACUUUUUGAAAGGACUACAAACAGCAGCUGGGUGGUGGUCUUCAAAGCUCUAAUCACAACACACCACCUGAUGGUUUAUGGCAAUGAGCGAUUCAUCCAGUACCUGGCUUCAAGAAACACAUUAUUCAACCUGAGCAAUUUUUUGGACAAAAGUGGCUUGCAAGGGUAUGACAUGUCAACAUUUAUAAGGCGGUAUAGCCGCUACCUGAAUGAAAAGGCAGUUUCCUACAGACAAGUUGCUUUUGACUUCACAAAAGUUAAAAGAGGUGCUGAUGGAGUGAUGAGAACUAUGAACACAGAAAAGCUUUUGAAAACCAUACCCAUAAUCCAAAAUCAAAUGGAUGCACUCCUUGAUUUCAAUGUCAAUGCCAAUGAACUAACAAAUGGAGUCAUCAACGCGGCCUUCAUGCUUCUGUUCAAAGAUGCAAUCAGACUGUUUGCAGCUUACAACGAAGGAAUUAUCAACCUGCUCGAGAAGUACUUUGACAUGAAAAAAAACCAGUGCAAGGAGGGGCUCGACAUCUACAAGAAAUUCCUCACUCGAAUGACCAGGAUCUCGGAAUUCCUCAAAGUCGCCGAACAAGUUGGGAUUGACAGGGGAGACAUACCAGACCUGUCUCAGUUUACAGUAUGUGCCCCCAGCAGUCUCCUUGAUGCUUUGGAGCAACACUUGGCUUCCUUAGAGGGGAAGAAAGUCAAAGAUUCAACAGCAGCAAGCAGGGCCAGCACUCUCUCAAAUGCUGUCUCAUCACUUGCAAAUACUGGCAUAUCUUUCACCAAAGUGGACGAAAGGGAAAAACAAGCAGCUCUGGAGGAAGAGCAGGCUCGCUUAAAAGCAUUGAAGGAACAGCGGCUCAAGGAGCUGUCCAAGAAGCCUCCGUCCUCUGCUACCACCGCCGCGUCCCCAGUCUCCACCACCGGAGGGAGCAUCAGCACAGCGCCCGCCAUUGACCUCUUCUCCACACCUAGCUCCACGAACAGCACAUCAAAGGUGCCGAAUGAUUUGCUCGACUUGCAACCAACAUUUCAACCAUCAAUGCAUCCCAUCUCCACUGCACUGCCUACAGCUAACACAUGGGGAGAUCCUUUUACUUCUACUGAAGCUGUUGAUGACUCCAUUCCAAACUUAAACCCUUUCCUUACAAAACCUGUUGUCGAUGCUGUCCAUCUACCUGUUGUGUCUUCAGACGCUGUUAGUUUUUCUUCUAGGACACCCAGUCAUGAAAUGUUUGGUGAUCGUUUCAAUCCAUUUAUUGACUCAAGCUCUUCAGUUGCAACCAAUUAUGAACACACAUUUCGGAUAGAGCAGUUUAUCUCAGAUUCCUUCUGUGGUCCAUCUUACCCUAAUGCUCCCCUCUUCCACACUGAGCCCUCCACAGUAGCGGGUCUAUUUGGAGGGUUCACUGCGUCUCCAGCUUCUCAACCACAGACCUCAAGAGGCCUUAACGUUGACUUUGACUCUGUGUUUGGCAAUAAAUCAUCUUCUGCUAAUAACCUGGAUUCUGCUGAUGAUGUUUUAGGUGGUAUCCUGAAACCCACAGUGGCCAGCCCCAAUCAGGCUUUGCCUCCUACCAAGCAGCAGCCUGGAAAACUGGUGUCUGACGAUUUGGAUUCCUCCCUCGCCAACCUCGUAGGCAAUCUGGGGAUUGGAAACGGCACAACGAAAAACGACAUUCAUUGGAGUCAACCAGGAGAGAAAAAAUUGACAGGUGGAACCAACUGGCAACCAAAGAUUGCCCCUACUACAACAUGGAACCCUGCCACGAUGGCACCUUCCGUUAUGGCCUUUCCAGCGACGACGCCAACUGGAAUGAUGGCAUAUGGAAUGCCUCCACAGAUGGGAGUCAUGCCCAUGAUGACACAGCCAACCAUGAUGUAUACUCAGCCUGUCAUGAGGCCACCCAAUCCCUUUGGCCCCGUGCCUGGCACGCAGCUUUCUGCAGCUUCUAGUCCUUCCAGUCAAAGUCCUCUCAGAGCUCCAGGAAAGGACCCCUUUGCAGAGCUCUCUCUCAAGGAUUUCUUGUAGAACAUCUUUUAGAUGCAGUUCAUGUAAUCAAAAGGGAGUCCUUGCUUUCUGAAGAUGAGCACGAAGCAGCAAAGCUUUCUCCUUUAAGCAAAAUCCAUUUUGCUGUCUUUAUUCUUCAGUAAGAAUACCAACAUAAUAUGGACGAGUGAAGAAACAUAAAGGUUUAAUGAUUUGGAGAAAACCAUGUUUAAAGAGCGUCUCUGGUUUGACGCAACUUUUGUAAUUUGUCUAACAUUGUAACAGUUUAAGCUGCUGUUACGACCCAACCAUUGGGAUAACUCAUUCUUCAUGACAUCUGUAAAAAGGUAGAUGUGGGUGCUUGAAGGGAGGAAUUUAGGCUUUGCUGGUAUGUAUAAGAAAAUACUUGGGUGUAACAUACAGCUUCAUGUUUUCUUCAAGGGGGUGGGGGAUAUAAAUCAUUUAACACUUCAUCUGAUCAUCAUGCAGUACCUAAUUUAACUGUCACAAAUUAGAGAUCCUAACUACAGGUUAUACUAUGAUUUUGUUUUAUUUUUAUUUUUUUUAAUAACUAUUACAUUUGAGUAGACAUUCCUCGUGUAUUGUUUGUAUUUAUUUAUGAUUAUCCGUUAAAAACAAAAAUGUACUACAUCAAACACUUCCUUGUGAGUGAUUCAGGACUAUACAUGGGUAUGGUUGAUUGUAUAAUUGAGAGUGACUGAGUUUAAAAUAUUAAAAUAAUAAAACACCUGUAAAACUGACUGAUAGAGCACUAAGUAUUCUCUAAAACAGUUUUAUGUGUAGUACAAUUCUUCGUAGCUCAGAAUCUCACAACCCUACAUUUGUAAGGGACAUAGGGUGGAAUAUACAAUUUAUUAAUCCACAUAGUCAAUUCUGUGCCUAGGAUUUUGCAAGGGAACAUUUAUCUGACUAGCAAAGCACUACAUUUGUGAUUCAGCAGUAUUGCAUUGGGAAGGAUCUGUAUUGCUUUAUGCUUGGCAUGUCAUUAUUUUACAUUGACAAUUAUAUGGCUGCCUUUCCAAUCUGAAUGUGAAGAGUUGCCUUCAUGCUAUGACCAUCUUUCAAAUGACCAGAAAUUCAGGAAUUUCAACUUGUCAGUAGAUGUAGGAGAAGCGUACAGGUUUUUUCUGGUUAGCAUCAUUGAAAAGGAGGACAAAAUCAAUGAAAGUAAGUUUCUUUGUAAAUUUGUAGCAAAGAGAUCCAGUUGAACAGAGGUGGGGAGCACUGUUGAUCGGUGCUUUGUGUAUAUAAACAGAAUCUUACCAUUUGAGGAGCAUGAAGGAUAGUCUGCAGUAUGAAGGCAAUUCUGUUCAUUAAUUUAGCAUAUUUGCUGCAUUGUCCUUGCAGAUUCUAUUUUUGUUUAUAAAGAAAAUGUAUGUAAGCAGAAAUGGGUUGAUUUUCAAAUAAAGUGCAGCUUCCACAAAAAGUCCAGUCUUUUAAUUUUUCUGUUCAUGUCAGCUGGUUUUCUUGGGACAGCUGUUCAUACCUCUGCUCUACAUUGUCUGGUGUGUCUAAAGAGAUGCUUCAUUUGUAAUUUAAAGGUUUAGAAAAGUGGGUGCAAACAGAUUUUCGUUCAUAAAACAUUUUGAAAUGAUUGUGUUACGAAUGCAAAUCAUUUGUCAAACUUUUUCUCAUUACAUGUGGUAGAAGCUUCAU